AAGUCGGCCAAUUGCUAAACUUCUUCAAACCUUCUCUGACCGCGUUAUCUUGGAGUAUAUCAAAUGUUUGAUACUCCGUUCUAUGAGAAUCAAGAAGAGCGAUCAUAGUUCUUGAAAAACCACAGCGUGGAUGUUCACGAUUUCCCUUCAUGAAGAGCAUACAAGGCGCAUGAUUUAUAAGCUUCUUUAAUCUGGCCUCUAGAGUGUCCUUUGGCGAUACUAUAUCGGUCUGGGUCGAAUCUUGGCUGGUUAAAUGUUUUUUAACUUUUUCAAUUAAUAAAGCAGGAUUAACUCCGUCGAUUCUAUCUAUUAUUUCCUCAUCUCUGUAUAAUAAAACUGUUGGUACGGCGGCGAUGCCAGCUUUCAAAGAAACUUCAGGUAAAUUCUCUGCCUCUAUCAUAGCAAACUUGACCUUUUUGUACUCUGUCAAUGUUAUCAUUUCUUCUAGAACAUCGUUUAUUUGUUUGCACUGUUCUGCCCAUGGUGCAAAAAAGUGAAUAACAGAUAGAUCUUUGGACCUUGGAUAUAAAAAUAAUAUUCGUAUGUAUUAAAAGAAAUUUAUUUUCUCUUUGCUCUUUUACGGUAGAGCAUGAAAUGAAAAGAAAAAAAACAAAAAAAAAAAAAAAAAAAAAAAAAAAAACCAAUAAGGAAAGUGUUUGAAAUACGAUAAAUAUCAAAAAGAAGAUCAAUAGAGAGGAAAGAAAUUAAUUGUUUGAGCUUGAGGAAAAAUCGAUAAUCGUUCGAAUAACAAGAAGAAUAUGUUGUUCGUAUAGCAAUAAAAUAAGACUUUGCAAAUAAAGUGAUAAUAAUAAGGUUGGAAAAAAAGAAAGGAAUAUUUUCAAAAAAGAGAAUGAAAGGAACGUUUGCUUACUUGAUGAAUUCAACGUAUUCUGGUGUGGUAUUUAAAACGGUGACAGUCAUCCUGUCACCCAUUAAUAUGGUAGUAUAGAACAAUGAAAAAAAGAACGUAUUAUUCUAGAGAAAUGUUCACCGGUAAAUGUCUCGUUCUUGCGAACACACGACGAACGAUCACGAGCAUCACGACUACGCGACCGGAGUUAUCGCUCUCAUGGAGGUUUAGAAUUACCAAGCUUUGCGAUUGGCUUACCGAGAUCCAAUCAUCGAUAAGAAUUUAGCAGAACGUACGUUCGCGGUAAAUUACGAUCGAUUUAACAUUAUACGACGAUUCGAUUAUAGAUUUUCAUAUUUUUCGACGUAUUAACGACUUAUCUUUUCUUAUAAUUUGAUUAAUAACCAUUCGAUUCAUAUGGAUUUUAAGCCGAAACGAUGAUAUUUAAGACAUUUAUGAGAUUUAAGAGAUCCGGCCAAAGUUUCCUUUAUCUUUCGGCGUUUCGCGUAAAAAGAAAGAAAGAAAAAAAGAUAGAAUAGCUUUGUGAACGUACCUUUAACAGAGUAUUAGGUGUGUCUGUACAAAGUGACCAAUCGUAAGACCGGUGGGUGAUCGGUCUAACGCUAUUGUAAGAGAGAAAGCGAGAGACGUAGAAGGAUAUCUCUCGUUUGUGGCCAAAUGAGAGGGAGAAAGAAGGAAGAAAGAAGGAAGCCACGAGGCGGCGGGAGGAGGAAAAAUUAAAAGGAACGAGGACUGUCAGACACCUCGCCCAUAAAAAGCCGAUGCAGAUGCGCCUGAGCGGUGAACACGUGCGACGCUGUUUUUGCAACAGGCGCGUUCAAACGCGGUGCGAUGUCCAAGAAAUUGUCUCGAAGCGACGCCCUCGAAAACAUAUCUACAUGGAGUACAAACGAUGUCUUGUCUUUGCUACGGAAGAAUGGCCUGGAAGAAUGCUGUACGGCAGUUUCGAAACGACAAAUCGACGGUGACGAGUUGUUACACUUGACUGAGGGGAAGUUGACUCUAUGGAAGAGUGACCUCACCAGUUAUUUGAUACGGGAGCUUCUUACGUUCGUUGAAAAAAUCAAGAAAUUCCCGGAGAAAUUUGUACAAGAGAAAAAUGUUGAAAUGGAACAGAACGAGGAUCACAUGAGCGAUACCAGUUCCUGGGAUACAGAUUUCGAAGACGAGAUACCGGAAGACAAUACUGCUUUUACCGAUACGAGAAACAUCAAUGUUAAUCAAAUAAAUUCGAAUUACGAAGACGAUCGUACUAUUUCGAAGAAGAUGAAGGUGAAAAACGUAAACGCGAACGCGCAAGUAGACGACAAUACGAAAAGACAAGACGAGGAGACCACUUAUGUUAAUUUCGAAUCGACCUUAGACGCGGGAAAAGUUUACGUUAAUUAUCAAGAUAAUUUGACGAAUCUACCGCAAAAAAAUUUGUCGAGGUUGCAUGGAACGAUAGAGAAAACUUUGGCCGAACAAUUGAAGGAACAAUUGCAAUUGAGAAAUUCGAAGAAACCGGUGCUCAAAUCAAAACCGGAAAUAUUAAUAUCGAAGAGGAUACCACAGGUUUCUACGAUUUGCAAACAACCGCAAAAAUCAUUUUUACACGAUGAAUCUAAGACGAAGACGAGGCCUCCGAACGAUGUACAAAAAAGAAUGGCUGUUCCACCUCCACCGGCACCUAAGAAAAACGCCGAUCAAAGCUCUCAAAGGAUAGGAAAGAACGACGCGUCGAAACCGUCCAUUUCGAUUAGAAAUUUGGAUCUCAUUGCGAAUUUACCGACUCGACAGGAUAAAAGCGAGGACGAAUACGAAAAGUUCGACAAGCAAAUCAUGGAACAAAAUCAAAAGUCGAUUAUCUCGAAAAUCGACAGCAAACAGUCAUUGAACAGCGGUUCUCAAAGUUCCGUAGAGAGCGUUUAUCAACCAUCCAGUACGACCAGCUGCGAGGAUGAGGAAGAGCCAUAUGAGAUUUAUGAAUCCAUUACGGAAACGCCUGAAGAUGACGAUAAUUAUUUAAGCCCCAUUAAAAAAUCAUCGAGCAGUGGAGAUCCUCUACCGCCGCCGUUACCCGUUAAACUGCCCACCACACUGCCUUUAACGUUUCAUCGAACAAAAUCAAACAAUGCAGCAAAUGAGCGUUCACCGGAAAAAAAAUCGGCGACGCUACCACAUUCUGGUAGUAGUACUUCGUUAUUAAGCGAGAGAGCUACGAGACCAUUACCACCACCGCCAGAUCGAUUGUCUUACGUUGAGAAGCCUUGGUUUCACAAUGUUACGCGAGAACAAGCCAUAAUACUCAUUACAGAACAAGGUACUUACGGUAAUUCACAAGAUGAUGGAUAUUUUCUUUUGAGACCUUCCACAACAAACGUAAACAGUCCGUUAGCUUUGGUGCUUUGGUGCAGAGAUAGAGUUUACAAUAUUCCGGUUAGAAAGAGAUCUGACAAUAGAUAUGCUUUGGGAUCUGUGAAAGUAAACGAAACAUCGUUCUCUAGCGUCGAAGAAAUUGUAACGUGUUAUAUGAAAGAAGAAUUGGUCCUCUAUACGGGCGGUGUACAAACGGGAAGUACAAAAUUAACCGGCACACCAUUGAAAUGAAUAAUAACUAAAUGUCUCAUAAGGUGUAAAAUUGUUCUCCUCGGGAAAUUUAUACAAAUUGUGUAUUUAUCUGAAUCCAAUGUAAUUAUAAUAAGUACACUGCCGAAUAAUGGAACGCAUGCCGUGCCAUCGUUAACCUAAGGAUACUUAACAAAUUUUAUCUUUUUAAGAUACAUAUGAUUCUAAAGUGCCUCUAUUACAUAGAAAGAGAUACACGUGUAUUAUGUAGACUCUAGUUUGUACGUAUUAUAUAUGUAAAACUGAUUGCACGUUGCAUUUAGUGUGUGUGUGUGUGUGUGUGUGUGUGUGUGCGUGUGUGUAUGUGCAUAUAC